UUCAGAGCCAAGCCUCGCGGAUUCGCGCUUGAGAGCUUUCCGAUGGUAGUAAGCCCAUGUUGCCUAUUGUUAUGGUCGUGGCGAGUCCCUUGCUCCCUAGCUAGGGAUAGUUUGCGCUGUUUACCAACGAGUCGACGUGCAGCGCGCGUGCAGGCCCUCAAGAGCCACCCUUAGAAAGAGCCAGGACAGAGUAGCAUCAUGGUCCAGGAUUUGUCAAAGAUCGGACUUCGGUAAUGAUUCGACGGCGAAUUAUCCAUAGCAUCCACUUAAGCCAGCUGCUCUCACGGGACUCCUUCUAAGAUGAAACUUGAGUAAGGGUGGCCGAGAACCGACUAACCUGGGUUAGCUGUUGAAGACGAGGGUAGAUGCUCCUUAUAUAGCCAGUCAUGAGCCACCCAACUCUUAUCAAGCACGCAAUAGCACGCAAUCCCUGAAACCUAUCUUUAUUCGAGAGACGAUCCUUCAGCUAUGCCUCGCCAGAUCGACACGGUCCCAACGCCGGCUCACGUGAAGCCUAAGAAGCUGAUAGUGCUCAGCGCACCUAGGACCGGCACUCAUGGCCUCUACCUAGCUCUGAAGGAGCUGGGCUUCAAGCCCUACCACAUGGCCGAGGUCCUCAAGGCCGGAGCGCCAGCGGUAAAGAUCAUGAACGACGGACUUAAUGCCGAAAUGUUCCACAUCGGCGAACCGUAUACUCGUGCAGAAUUCGAUAAAUGGUUCGCCGACUACGACGUCAUAAAUGAGAUGCCAUUUUUCAUGCUUCACUCAAUAAUAAAAGCAUAUCCAGAUGCCAAGUUCCUUCUGACGGAGAGAAAUCCCGAAAAAUGGGCCAAGUCGUUUGUUAAUACCAUCGGGAUGUUGGCCGUACAAUUGAAGUCCUUCCCAAUGUCCGUAUUCAGGUUCUUUGACGAGUUCACUUACGGCAUGGGUUACAUGGGGAAUGCGGUGUUGGGGUAUUAUUCGAAUGGUUAUGGCUUAACCCCAACAGGACAGAAGUAUCUUGCUGAGAACUAUAGAAACUACAUUGCCGAAGUGAAACGAAUUGUUCCACCGGAGCAGUUAUUGGUGUGCAAACUCGAGGACGGGUUCGGGUGGAACGAGAUUUGCCCAUACCUAGGGGUACCAAUCCCCAAGACCGAGUGGCCGUCGCUCAAUAAACCAGAGGAAUUUCACGAAGUCGCAGGCCCGAAAAUACAGCACGCAUUCACAAAGGGUUUGGUCGGUAUGACAUCCAUGGUAGUCCCAGUCGUUGCUGUGGGCUUUUGGUACCUAAGGAAAGGAAGGUUGGCCAUUUGAAACCUCGGUA